UGUAUGUCGCUGUCCGCAUCAGUGUUGGAUACGGCAUUGCAACGAGGGCUGCUUCAAGUUUCAGUUUUCCUUUUAUAGGUUGUGUCUUAAAUAUCAAAGCCGAUGAAAUCAACAAAAAUGGAUUAUGAUGAGCUGGAUGCACGUAUACAAUGGCAGAAACUAGGUAUUGUCAGUGGAUGCACUGUACGGGAAACGUUACAGGCUCCUACCUGCUCCUGAUCCAAUACCAACAGCUGAGGUCAGCUGAGGUCGCCACCAUGGUGACCUUCGCUAACACAACGCAGGUCUCCCCCAUGGGGCUGCGUGAGCUGCCCUGUGUAACCCCCACCAUGUCCCCUGGCCUGCGGCGGAAAAAGAUGCUGUGGCAGAAUGCAGUAAAACACAUCAUUAUGCAGCAGGAUCUCAGUACCCAGUUGGGUGUUGAACCAGCACGCAAAAUCUUUGUGACAGAUACCUACAUAGAGGAGAUCAACAGGCAAAUCCGCAGCAAAGCCUCACGUGGGGUAACAAAGCGCCGUUCUUCCACGUUCAGAGUCCAUCCCUUGGUUCGCGAUUCCACCAGCACCGGGGGUGCUUUUAACGACUACUCCAGCGACGCUGACUUCUUCGUCCACUGGGGUCGAACUGUCUGUGGUGUCUACAUACCCACGCUAUUGCACACCUUCAAGUCCCACGACCUGGAGAAACUCUACCAGCAGCACUCUUCCACCCAAAGACGUAAUUCUCUGGCCAUCACCAAUGUGAUAGACGUGGUGGCCAAGCUGCACAUGUUGGUUCUGUACCUGGCAUUGGCGCCGGAAGCUUCCACAGACACUUUGCGUGGCUGCCUGACGGGCAUGUUCAUGGUGUUAGCAACAGUUCUGUGCUUCAUAGUGUUAACCCACAAAGACUCCGUGUCCCCACAGUGGCUUCACUACGCCGGCCUCGCCAGCUGGUUGUCACAGACCACACAGGUGCUGGGGGGUCUGGUGUACGGACUAGAAAAAGACCCAUCGUGGUACCUUUUGUUCACUUUGUUCGCAACAUACACACUGCUGCCAUUACCUCUGCUGUGGGCCAUAUGUGCGGGCACCCUGUCCUCAAUGCUGCACAUUCUGGUAGAGAUAGUAUGCUGCUACACUGAUGCUUUGCUUCUGAGAAAGGUGGUUGCCAAAGGCCUGCUGUACCUGGGGAUGAACACAGCUGGCUUGUUCAUCCACUACCUGACAGACCACGCUCAGCGCCAGGUUUUUCUGGAGACCCGUCGUUGCAUUGAAGGACGCCUCAAAUUAGAGCAAGAGAAUCAAAGACAGGACCGCCUAGUUUUGUCGAUCCUGCCUCGCUUUGUUGCCUUGGAGAUGAUUGCUGACAUGAGUGCUAUGGAAGAUGAUCUAAACCCUCAAGAGUUUCACAAGAUCUAUAUCCACCAGUACAAAGAUGUCAGCAUCCUUUUUGCAGACAUCAAGGGUUUCACUUUGUUGUCUAUGAACCUGUCAGCCCAGGAUCUGGUUCGAACCCUCAAUGAGCUCUUUGGACGUUUUGACCGACUGGCAGAGGAACACCACUGCUUGCGGAUAAAGAUACUGGGAGACUGUUACUACUGUGUGUCAGGGGUUCCCGAGCCCCAGCGUGCCCAUGCCCGUUAUUGUGUUGAGAUGGGUCUGGCUAUGAUCAACACUAUACGGUAUGUACAGAAGCAGCUGAACUUCGACAUGGACAUGAGGAUCGGCAUCCACUCGGGCUCUGUCCUCUGUGGGGUAUUGGGUCUGCAGAAAUGGCACUUUGAUGUCUGGUCCUGGGACGUGGGCAUCGCCAACAUGCUGGAAGCGGGGGGCAUACCUGGACGCAUCCACAUCUCAAGGGCAACUCUCGAUUGUCUAGAAGGCACUUACAAGACAGAAGAGGGCCAUGGUCGUGAUAGGAAUGCUUUCCUACGAAAAUAUAAUAUUGACACCUUCCUCAUCUGCCCUCAGCAGGACAGAGACAAAGUUAACCACAUCAAGCCCCCCAAAGUUCAAAAACCAAUUCAAACCUGGAGUCCGGACAUACCUUUUAAGACUGUCAUUGACAUGAACAGCAUUCUAGCUGCUUUUACAAAUGGCUCAAUGCCCACCCUUUGGCAGUCCAACUCGAGAGAGAUUAACAAACGCAUCAAGCAUGCCAUCGAGCUUCGAAGUAGUGAGCGUAUGCACAGAGAGCACAUCACACCACUGACCCUUGUCUUCAAGGACACAAACAUCGAGGACAAGUUCUCCCAGAUGAGAGAUGAAAUGUUCAACUCCAAUCUGGUCUGCUCCUUCAUCCUGCUUCUGUUUCUCAUGGCUGCCCAGGCCCUCAUCCCUGCCCCCAGACUGUUCCCUGCUGUCCUCCAGUUUUCAGUCUUUCUGCUUGCCCACGUGCUGCUGCUACUUGUUGCCCUUGCCGAAGAGUUCAAGUGGACUCCUUCAUCACUGCAGCACUUCUGUUGCUGGAUUCAUGAAAACAACAGUGCCCGUAACCUGUUUACUCUCAUAGCGAUCUUCAUCAACUUUGGGUUGGCCUCUACUGACAUGAUUUUUGUGUUGAGCGGGGUGAUUGCCAUGGUGACGUGUGCGGUUUUUCUGCGUCUGAACUCUCUGCUGAAGCUGGCAACGCUGCUGCUAGCAGUGGCUGUCUACUCCUACCUCAGCCACCUCGCCUUUGUCUCACUCACGCGCCACGAUACGCUGCACAGGACUGUGUUGCAGGUAGAUGAUGUUCUAUCUCGCUGUAUCUUUUCUAUCCAGUGGGAGGCUACUGCCAGACUGGACUUCCUGUGGCGUCUGCAGGCCCAGCAGGAGGUGGCAGACAUGAGGGAGUUGCGGGAACACAAUGAGUGUCUGCUAUACAACAUCCUACCAGUUCAUGUAGCUCAACAUUUCUUGGACCGGAGCAAGCAUGACGAGGAGCUUUACUCCCAAUCCUAUGAUGAAGUGGGCGUCAUGUUUGCCUCCAUCGCUGGGUUCGAUAAGUACUUCGAGGAGAAAGAGUUCAAGCAUGAAGGAGUGGAAUGCCUCCGCCUACUCAAUGAGAUAAUUGCCGGCUUUGAUGAGCUGUUUGAGGAGCCGUAUUUUCACCAUGUGGAGAAGAUUAAGACAAUUGGGAGCUGCUACAUGGCGGCAUCAGGUUUAGCUCCAGAUAAACAGAAAUCAAUGGAUGAAUGGAACCACCUGAGCGAGCUGGUUUUGUUUGCAUUGGCGAUGCAGGAGACCUUGAAAGAGAUUAUUAGGAACUCUACUCAACGCUUUCAGCUGCAUGUGGGCAUUGCUCACGGGCCCGUGGUCGCUGGGGUGAUCGGUGCCACCAAACCGCAGUACGAUAUCUGGGGCUCCACAGUGAACUUAGCCAGCCGCAUGGACAGCACAGGUGUGAGCGGACGCAUCCAAGUACCCGAAGCCACCCGAAGGAUCCUGACAGAUUGGGGCUUCGUCCUGGAGCUGCGUGGAGAAAUAUUUAUCAAAGGGGUAAGUGAGUACCAGGGGAAAGUCCGCACCUAUUUCAUCAGGACCAUGCGCAGUAAGAUGGCCAACGAUGGGACAGAUGGCCGCCUGGCAGGGCAGACAGGAGGACGCAUGACGCUGGCAGAGGUGGUGUUCAGUCUCGUCCAGGCCAGACACAAGGAGAAGAUGAGAGAGGGCAACAGGAGGUUCAAUCGGACUCCCUCCAGACUGCAGCGCUGAGGAGACUGUCAGGGUCAAAUGGCUGCACGUAGGCCAGGACACACUGCAGCCAUAUUCCUUUAAUGCUUUGCCAUAACUGAAUUAGCUUCACAGACAAAAUACUGAGCUACCCGUGGCAGGAGCCCAAACCUGUUUAAGCCUUUAUUCUUAUUUCUUCCAAUACUGCAUCAUACCCAUCUUUUUUGGCAUCUCAAGCAAAAUGGACAAGUUAAGAGGAAUAUAUAGGAAAUCAUCCAUGCUCAUAUUUCUUGACUUCUGGACCCAAACGUUCAUCUUUGCAUGACACACCGAGUGGUAUGUGGUCUGAACUUUAGUUGGUUAGGAGUUAACUGUGCAAUUUAAUCAAAGUUCUGGCCUCUUACAUUUCACAAGUAUGUUGUAAGCAGUGCAAAGUGCUUUUUCAUUACUAUUAUUGCCAUAUCUAUACACUAUAAGCACUGAUUUUA